AUGUCAACUACAACAGCCACCACCCAUACCUUUAAGAUGCCUGCUGCCCGCGCCCUCGAAAACGCAAAGCAAUCCUCAGAAUCAGUCCUCAGCGACGCAUCCUCCGCCAUGUCCAAAGCAGCCGAGAACCCCAGAAAGGCAACUUCAGACUUUCUCCACACACCGUUUAUGCGUGCAGCACUACCGUUUGUAAACGGCGGCAUCGCAGGCAUGACAGCUACGACAGUCAUCCAGCCCGUCGACAUGGUCAAAGUCCGCCUCCAACUCGCCGGCGAGGGUGUCAAAACCGGCCCCAAGCCCACCCCCAUCAGCGUGCUCCGGGACAUUGUUGCACAAGGCAAAGUACUAGAUCUCUACACGGGACUCAGCGCCGGCAUCCUACGCCAAGCCGUGUACACAACUGCCCGGCUCGGCUUCUUCGACACCUUCAUGAAGACCCUAAGCGCACGUGCAAAAGAAAACGGCACAUCCAUUGGCUUCAAGGAGCGUGCAGGCGCUGGCCUUGCAGCCGGCGGUCUCGCCGCCAUCGUCGGUAACCCCGCUGACCUCGCCCUCAUCCGCAUGCAAUCCGACGGCCUCAAACCCGCCGCCCAGCGCGCAAACUACACAUCGGUCAUCGAUGCUCUGGUGCGAAUAAGCAAGGCCGAAGGCGUCACUCGCCUUUGGGCCGGCAGCUACCCGACCGUCGUGCGCGCCAUGGCGCUGAACUUUGGGCAGCUUGCUUUCUUCUCAGAAGCCAAGCAGCAGUUGCAAAACACCAGUCUGUCGAGCCGCUCGCAGACACUCACAGCGAGUGCUAUCGCCGGUUUCUUUGCCAGUUUCCUAUCCCUCCCCUUUGACUUUAUGAAGACUCGUCUGCAGAAGCAGACGCGUGCGCCGGAUGGAACAUUGCCAUACAAGGGCAUGUUUGAUUGCUUCAAGAAGGUUGCUAAGGAAGAGGGUCUGCUGAGGUUCUAUCGCGGCUUUGGAACGUAUUAUGUGCGCAUUGCGCCGCAUGCUAUGGUUACCCUCAUCGUCGCUGAUUACCUCGGUUUCAUCACCAAAUAA